CAAAAAGCAAAGCUGGGCCGAUGUAGGAACUCGACGUGGGUUGCAUCAUAAAUAAUAAUAACUAGGUCCCAUCGCUUAGUGCAGAUCUAAAAUGUCUUCCGUUUCUCGUGGGUUUGACUCAUAUCUACAAGUUCCCCUGUGGAAGGUGACACGAAUUGCAUUGAUGCGGGUGUAUCCUCUCUCUUCAUCUUCAAUUCUGUAAGCCAGUUGAUAUGGAAUCCAUCCUUCCGCUGCCCUUCCUGAUCUCUGUGCCUGUCCCGCCGGGGCUCGCCUCGAGUGACGGCCUGACCCAGGAAGAGGUGUCGUGUCUAGGUUGUGUCUUCUUCGAUGCCACUCCCAGCAAUCUAGGCGAACUCUUCGAGAUUGUAGACAAGCACAACGCCGAGCUUCAGAUAUUUUUCGAUGGAACCGCGCUGGAGUCCCAUGAUAUCGUAUCGCUUCUAGACCACGGUGCUCGCAAAGUUUUCGUCCCGCCCAAGCGGCUGCCCGAAUUCUCCACGUACGGAGAUAGAGUCGUGCCAGUUGUUACCCAGUUGAAUGAGAGAGUCGGCACAGAGAAGCAAUUACUCCUCAGGGACUUCGAUCAACAGAGCUUCGAUGUCGCUGGUUUCUUAGCGUCCAGUAAGAUCGAGAAACUCCCGUCGCUGUACAUCAAACCCAUAUCGGAAACCAAUUUUGAGCACUUCGUCGACAUAUGCUCACAAGUCAACGCAAUUCCUGUGAUCCCAUCUACACAACUGACUACGAAAAAGGAAGAAACAGACAAGAAGCUGUACAUUCCGAAAUUAUUCUCAACAUCAUGGAAAACAGAUCGUCCGGAUAAGUUGCUCCCCACGGUCGUUUGUGACGAGCGAGGAAUCGCACUGGGCCUGGUAUACAGCAGUGAAGAGAGCGUAGCAGAAUCUCUGAGGACGCAGACCGGUGUAUAUCAGAGCCGAAAGCGCGGUCUGUGGUACAAGGGAGCUACAUCCGGUGAUACUCAGGAGCUGGUCAGCAUAUCUAUGGAUUGCGAUAACGAUGCGCUGAAAUUCAUUGUCAGGCAAACGGGGAGGUUCUGUCACUUGGAUCAAUUUGGCUGUUUUGGAGAACUCAAGGGCCUUUCGAAGCUUGAACAGACUCUGGUGUCAAGGAAAAAGUCAGCGCCUGAGGGAUCGUAUACCAAAAGACUAUUUUCCGACGAGAAGCUACUACGGGCAAAGAUCAUGGAGGAAGCCGAAGAAUUGUGCGAUGCGAAAACACCCGACGAGGUUGCAUUCGAAGCCGCUGAUCUGAUAUAUUUCGCCCUUACGAAGGCCAUUGGUGCGGGAGUCAGCCUCCUUGAUAUCGAGAAAAACCUAGAUGCCAAGAGUUUGAAAGUCAAGAGAAGGCCCGGUAAUGCCAAGGGUGAAUGGGCGAAGAAGGAGGGAAUUGCCGUUGAGCCGGUCGAGAAAGCGAAGAAUGCCGCAAAGGAGUCAUCCAUACCGUUAGCAUCGGAUCCAGCAACAGAUGCCCACACAAAUCCAGAUGCUGAUAAGAUCGUAAUGAAGCGAGUUGAUGUUAGCAAGGUUGGAGAAAAAGAAGUCGAUGAUGCUCUAAGGCGGCCAUCUCAGAAGUCUGCGGAGACAAUCAUGGGCAUCGUCACGCCAAUCAUAAAUGAUAUACGACAGAACGGUGAUAAGGCGCUCCUGUCUUACACACACAAGUUCGAGAAGGCAACGUCGUUGUCAUCACCCGUCAUAAAAGCACCGUUCCCUCAAGAACUGAUGAACUUGGCACCCGAAACUAUCAAAGCCAUUGACGUCUCCUUUGAAAAUAUUCGAAAAUUCCACGCCGCCCAGAAGGAGGAGAAACCGCUUCAGGUCGAGACUAUGCCAGGUGUAGUGUGCAGCAGAUUUUCUCGCCCAAUUGAGCGAGUAGGGUUGUAUGUGCCCGGAGGAACGGCCGUUUUGCCCAGCACCGCGCUCAUGCUAGGUGUGCCAGCCAUGGUUGCGGGGUGCAAGAAGAUUGUACUCGCUUCACCACCGCGAGCAGAUGGCAGCAUCACUCCUGAAAUCGUUUAUGUGGCUCAUAAGGUCGGCGCGGAGAGUAUUGUCUUGGCUGGUGGCGCACAAGCUGUCGCUGCCAUGGCAUAUGGCACGGAGAGUGUGAGCAAGGUAGACAAAAUUCUAGGUCCGGGCAACCAAUUCGUUACGGCAGCAAAGAUGUUCGUAAGCAAUGAUACCAAUGCUGGCGUUAGUAUCGAUAUGCCUGCGGGUCCUUCCGAGGUUCUAGUGAUUGCCGACAAGGACGCGAAUCCAGCUUUCGUAGCCUCAGAUCUGCUGUCGCAGGCUGAGCACGGUGUUGAUAGCCAAGUCGUCUGCAUCACAGUUGACCUUGACGAAGAACACUUAAAAGCCAUCGAGGACGAGGUUCACAAGCAAGCCAUGGCUCUACCGCGUGUAGACAUAGUUAGGGGUGCCAUAAACCACUCCGUAACCGUCCUUGUGAGAGACGUGGACGAGGCCAUGAAGAUCAGUAACGCAUAUGCGCCCGAGCAUUUGAUUCUACAGAUCAAGGAACCCGAAAAAGCCGUCGAGAAGGUCAUGAACGCUGGAAGUGUUUUCAUAGGACAAUGGACACCAGAGAGUGUAGGCGAUUAUUCAGCCGGUGUAAAUCAUUCGUUACCUACCUAUGGGUAUGCCAAACAGUACUCGGGUGUCAACCUCGGCUCGUUCGUCAAGCAUAUCACGAGCUCGAAUCUUACGGCCGAGGGCCUGAAGAAUGUCGGAGGUGCCGUGAUGCAACUUGCUAAGGUUGAGGAGCUUGAAGCGCAUAGGCGAGCAGUUGAGAUUAGACUUAGUACACUCGAGGGAUGAAAAUGUAGGUCAGGCGAAAAGAGGAGGAAAAAAAAUUGAAUACAGGCUAAGGGCUUCCUAGGUUCUUAUGGAUUCGGUUACUAUAUCGACAUGGGAUGUGAUGGUGAGGAAAUAUGAGUUUUGGCCGAAAUGCUUCUGAUGUUGGCUUCAUGUACUGUUUUAAUAAUAUCAAGGCACAUAAAAUUCACGAACAGUGUCACGAAUGUCAGCCCCAGUGAUUCAAGUUCAACAUAUUA